UGCUCACAGUCCUCUGUUUGCAAUCUUGAUAGAUUAAAUCUUUUUAAUCAACUUUUGCAGUCCUUCAACAGAAGUCCUGUGAAACAAAUUCAGUCAUCAUUGGCAAGUAGCAGUGGAUGCACACAAAGAAGAUAUACAUCAAAAUUGAAAGAUUGUGUAAGAGACCUUUGUGAUACUUUUUGUCCAGGCGAGGGUGAUAUCCUCCAUGAUAUGUAUGUCUCAACCUUAGAAGAGAAAUUACAGUCUCACACAGAAAAUACUGCACUGUGGUUGGCUGAGAUAUACACGUCCACAGAGACCUGGACUUUUAGAAGGCAAAUUCUUUCUAUACUUGCCCAGGACUACAAUUUUGAUGUAAUCAGCCAGCUGAUACCAGGUUUGACCAGUUGGCGGUAUUAUGCAGCAAAGAAACACUCUAAUGAACAAGGCUGUGGAGUUCCUGUUUUGACAAAUAAAAUACAGAGAAAUAAAGUCAACAUGGAACAGUUGGAAUAUUUUCUUGAUUUUAUUACAUCUUCAAAUAUCUUGAAAGAUAUUACAUUUGGUGAAAAGAAUUUGAAACUCUCUAAUGGUGAAGUAAUUCACAUCCCAAAUGUUGUGAGAUGCAUGGGCCCAUCAUCUCUAAUAGGCCAGUACCAACAUUUAUGCGAAUCAGAGGAGUUUCAUCCCCUAGGUAUGAAUUAUUUUGAUAAAAUUUCACAGCUAUAUUUAAAAGGAAAGUUUUUUAUGCUCCCAUAA